AUGUCAAAAUUUCCAGAAAUACAAGGCGGAGGCUCCUUGAUUUUAGCCUGGCAGGUCAAAGACAAGCAUGUGCUAGUCAUCGGAGGUGGCGAGGUUGCUGCGGGGCGCAUUGUGCAUACCCUCAAUGCCGAUGCUCGGGUCACUGUGGUUUGUCCUGCUUCUGGACUCAACGAUGAAGUAGCUUUCCGAGUAACUGCAAAACAAGUUGCACACAUUGAUCGGAACUUUGAGCCGUCCGACCUUGAUAAUGUGGACAUGGUGCUUUGCGCCAUUGACGAUCCGGAGGCCUCAAGUCAGGUCUGGAAGCUCUGCAAGGAGAGACGAAUUGCAGCCAAUAUCGCCGAUGUUCCGCCCGAAUGCGAUUUCUACUUCGGCAGUGUCCAUCGUGAUGGACCAUUGCAGAUUAUGGUCAGCACCAAUGGGAACGGGCCUAAGCUGGCUAGCAUCGUGCGCAAGAAGAUCGCCGAGACCUUACCGGCCAAUAUGGGAGCUGCCAUCGAGAAUGUUGGAAAGCUGCGGAAGAAGCUCCGGGAGGUUGCACCCAAUCCAGAGCAAGGUCCGAAGAGGAUGAAGUGGAUGUCCGGUGUCUGUGAAUCGUGGAGCUUAGAGGAGCUCGUACAGAUGACCGAGAAGGACAUGGACAGUGUAUUGUCCUUUUACGAAUCAGGGAAGAUACCAACAUCACAGGAAAUACAAAAAUAG